ACAUAUUGAGGUUUUAUUCAUCUUUUAAUGAGAAGAAUUAUCCUUAUUGUUCUGCUCGCAAGUUGUUGCAUUGUUGUAAAUUUUUCAUUAGUUCGAAUGCUUCUAGGAGUACUUGUUGAACGACAUAUUAACAUAUAUAUGUCAUUGACUGUGUAAGGAUCCAGUGUGAUCUACCUGUGAAUUUAUGUAUUUAAAAACUGAAUGCUGCUCUCCCAUUUGAUUGCUGAUGGGCAGCGCCACACUGGAUACUUCCUGCUGAGCAGUUGGUUUGUCUAUCUAAACAGUCACCAACAUCUGUGGAUGAUCACAUGUUCAGGUGGUAAUGAAUGGUAAAGUAUUUGCUCCACUAAAUCACUGUACAAAGUUUCAUCUCAAACACCUUGGAGCCUAGUCUGAAAAUUAUGAAAUAUUGCUGGAAAGUCGAGAAUGAUCUAGUUCCCUUAGAGUAUUGCAUAUCACUGAAGUUCAACAUUAAAACAUGCAGACAGACGAUGAUAAAACAGAAAUGACCGAAAGUAGCAGGCAGAGUACUGUACCCACUGCUCUGCCUGGAGGAUAUGUGCCUGCUAUUCCGACAUCUAGCGUUGGACCAGGAUCUGGUUACUUAGGACAAGAUACAUGGAUGGCUGGAUCAGCCUCCCAUCUUGGUCCUCCAUAUACAGUUAUCACAGCUCAAUAUCCUUCAGAGUUCACAUUAGCUGAAAGCAUCAGACCUGCCUUUCUCUCACCAGCUUUCAGUGCUGCCUCAUCAUCACCUCAUGGUUUUAUACAUAAUUCUGUAAUUGAUGUGCGUGCUCAAGGACCAUUGUUUGCUAGAUCAGUUAGUGGUGGCAAUUGUUUUCCAGUCUCAUUUGCCACUUCUCAUUCUUCUCCUGGAACAGUGUUCACAACUAGUUCACAUGAAAGUGAUGCUUCCCAUCAAAGAACUGUAGAAAAUUCCUCUGUGCCAAAUCACGAUGCUUCAGCUGAAGGACUUUCUGCUCGUUUAAUGUCCAAAAGUCCAAGCAAUAGUUCUAUUAGAAAUGUGCCAACUCCUAAUCCUCCUUCUCGAGAUGGAACACCAGCUGGAAAUGUAGGUUACAGACCAUGGGAACAAAUAGGUGGAGGAACUGAAUUUCCUCAUAGUCAGCCAUCGACUCCACGAUCUAUAUCUGAUAUGCAGAAUGAAUCAGGUCAGUUGCAGGAACAUUCAAGUGACCCUCCGAUAGAAAAAAUUAAUUCUGCAAAUAUGCAAGAGAUUGAAAAUAGAGUAUCUUACAAAAACCAAGACUUUUUAUCACAAACAGCUCAGCUAUCUGAUUCUAUACAGCCACCAAGGUCAGUUGAGACCCCUGGUAGGCCAUCCUCCUGCAUUUCUUCUGUGCCUAGCCCUGUAGAUAUUCAAGAUUCUCACUUGAUAGAAGAAGCUGUCAAUCGGGACAAUAUGCAGAGAAUUGCAGCUCAUGCUCAAAAUUUUUCUAAUUCAGCUCCUGCAUCUCAGCGUUUGAGUAAUAUCAAUAUGCAGGUUAAUGCUGCAUUAAGACCAUAUCCUGGUGUUGUUUAUUUUCCACCUUCUAAUCCUCAGAUGCAGUCUUUCAUUUCUGGAUCUCAAAUGAUGGUAGGAUAUCCUGAUGUCAAACGUCUGAAAUUAGAUUCUGAAAUAUCAGAUUUAGAUUUGCGAGGAAACACAGAAAACACAUUUCAAGUGCCUUCAGUGUCUUCCACUACUCCUCGUCAAUCUAUGUCUCAUAUUCCAUCUCAUCAAGUGCAAAUUGAACAUUGGGGCGAUCACAUGAAUCAGCCAGCGGUUCCUAAUAUACCACCUGCUCCUGAAGUUGAGAAAGUAACAAGAAAGAAGCGAAAACGUUGUGGUGAAUGCCCUGGGUGUCAGACAAAAGCAAAUUGUGGCCAGUGUGGUCCAUGCAAAAGUGUUCGUAGUCAUCAGAUUUGCAAAAUGAGAAAAUGUGAACAGUUGAAAACCAAAAAAGAAAAAGCUGCUGCUGCUAAGGCAAGUGGACAUAUUCUUGUAGAUUCUGAUAGUAGUCAAAACAUGAAUGGCCAGACUUCCUUUCAAACGGAUAAUGAUUCUUUGCAGUUACCAGGAACUCCAACUGGAUUUCAACAAAAUGAAUAUAUGAUGAGCGGACAACAUAAACAAAUCAGCCAAUCACCUAAUUCUGGAAAUUCUGCUAAUGUUUUUGAAAUAAAUUCUCCAUAUUCUGGUUUCCAAUCGCAGCAUCAUUUAUUACCUUUCAAUGGCCAAAUAACACCAGUUGAUCCCAUGAAAAUAGAUCCUCAGAGUCUUCCUAAUGAUGGUAUUAUAGAAUUUGGAGGGCCUACAAUGCAUCAGGUAACCAAUACACGGCUAAAAAAUCUUAUUAAUAACCGUAAAAGUCAAAAAGAGCAAUUACAAAACUAUAUGCCUUCGCAAAAUGUUGGAAAUAUGUAUUCUGAAACUCCUACAAGUCCCCUACCAAACAGACCACUAUCUAAUGGUAGUGAUAAUUAUGGGCAUCCUCCACCAUCUACUCCAACAUCAGUUCAAAGUAGAUCUGGAAGUAAUCCAACUGAUGCAGGACUGAACAAUGAAGAAUCUGGUUACUUGGGGCAAUCACUUGAGCCUACCUAUGAGCCAUUACGGAACUUGGCUCCACCUUCUCCUGAUUCUGAAUUGUCGUGGAGGAAAACUUCUUCUCCCAGCAAUUUGGAACAGGAGAAUAUGCAUAAUAAAAGUAAUGAAAAUGGUCAUCAGAAAUCUGACAAAAAUACCAAGAAUUAUAUGAGGAAUAAUACAAGUCAUUCUGAAGAAACAUUGAGCUAUUCAGGAACUGACCAAGAUUCUGUUAAUGGCUAUUCUUAUAGGUCAUUUUUUGAGACUGGAAGUUCCCAGGAUAUUAAUAGUGCUGGAAUAGAAUCCUUUGGUUCUGAUGUCCCUAAUCAAGAUGCAUUUUCAGCAUCGGUUAAUAACUCAUCUACUCCUCCAAAAUAUUCGCCUCAAAAUGCACAAUCUAUGUAUGAUAAUCGAUAUUUCCAGACUAACGCAGAUGUUAAUACCUAUUCUGGAAGUGUUGGAAAUGAUACUUCCAUAGCCUCUCAUGCUGCAUAUACACCAACAUCAUCUGGACAGACUAAUCGCUCAUCACCUUAUGCACAACAUCACUCACCAGUGACCAGAGAACCAUUGCCAUCUCCAUAUGCACAGAAUCAGGCUUCACCUUUUGAUCGACAGCAUAGUGGCAGUAAAGCAGCGGAAACUUCGUCUUCCAGUUGUGUUAAUACCUCUGGGACAACAACGCCUUCUGUUGAUGUGGUGAGUCGAAUUUCAAAUGAAUCUGCAGAACAGGAGCAUUUUUUAUUGAAUACGACCACAUCUAUGAAUACAUAUUCAAAUAUUAUCAAUUCCUUUAACCCUAACACUUCAACCUUUUCUACAUCAAGUGCAGCUGGAACUCUCCCUACUAUAGCAUCACUCUUCAGUUCUGGGCAUACUGUGAUAUCAAAUGCAUCAGAUUUAGCACCACAGCUGAAGGUAUCCUAUGUAAAUCAAGCACAUGGCACCACUGCACAUUGGAUUGGUGGUGGCCCUCUCCCCUCCACCAUAGAUAGUGGUCGUAAUGAAGAGUUCUGUGGAUUAGAUGCAACUUCUUUAGGUGGUCUCUUGUCCUCAUUGAUACCAUCAUCAGUUUCAAACCCAGCACCAACAAACAGUGCAUCAGAUACUGUGAAGAAUUUUAUUUCAAAUCAGCAAGAAUCAAGCUGGUGGGAGCACCUGAAGACUACUGUUAAGUUAGAAGUGCCUCCUGCAUCACCGGAUUGCGAAGUCCUUGAAAACCAGCCUUCGAGUCCAUCCGCCAUAUCGUUGCCUACGUCUUUGUAACUCGCAUUCCGUUAGUCCCAAAGAGAGAGAUCUUGUGGGACUAAUUUUUUGAAGUGGGAGAAACAUUUUUUAUAAAAUAUAAAAUAACUAAUUUCGUAUUACUUGAUGCUCCUCUUCCAAACAGAAAUAGUAUUUGUUACAAAGUGCCAUUUGUCAUUUCAUUAAAAAAAAUGUUUGGCUGAACUUUAUUGAUUUUAAUUAUGUCGCAGUUGAUUUUUGAGAUGCAUUGUCAUUCAUCAUUAUAUUUAAAGUAGUAGCAAAUAUAGGCCUUAGCAGCUU